GGACGCGGCGCGGUGGACCGGCUUCGUAUUAUUUUUGUCGCUCCAUCAUGCCUUGGUUCGCGGUGAUGCGCCGAGAUUGUCACUGAAUGAUGGAAACUCAAUUCCUGUUGUCGCUCUGGGCACCAGUCUCGGACAUUUGGCUAAUGCAAGGGGUUAGAAUAUUGCCGGUGAAUCACUCAUUAGCCCGUGCCGUGCAGUGGGCACUGGAGAAUGGCUACCGACACAUUGACACGGCUUCGUUGUAUCGCGUUGAGGACGAGGUCGGCUUGGGGGUGCGAAACUACGUCAGGGAUAACCAGACUGGUCGUCGUGAUUUAUAUGUCACUACUAAACUAUGGAAUGAUGCUCACGAAAGAGAUGAAGUGAUACCCGCUCUGAGGCAUUCGUUAAAUGACUUGCAACUGGACUACGUCGACCUCUACUUGGUUCAUUAUCCAAUGGCGUAUAAGAAAGACGGAAGCAUCAGCGAAACGGAUUACCUGGAAACAUGGAAGGGCAUGGAAGACGCCAAGGAACAGAAUCUGGCAAAGUCCAUUGGUGUCUCCAACUUCAAUCUGACACAGAUGCAAAGACUCUGGGACAAUUCGAGGAUCAAGCCUGCAGUAUUACAAAUUGAGGUGAAUCCGACGAUAACUCAAGAUGAGCUGGUCGAUUGGUGUAAGGAGCAUGGCGUGGUGGUGAUGGCGUACAGCCCGUUCGGAGCCAUUCUUGGGCGAAAGCAGGACGCUCCUCCCCCGCGUACCACCCACCCCACAUUGCAACGUAUUGCUACUAAAUACGGAAAGACUGUACCUCAAAUACUGAUUCGCUAUCUGUUGGACCGGAAUUUAAUACCCAUUCCUCGCUCCACAAACAAAGAGCGCAUCAUACAGAACAUCGAUGUAUUUGAUUUCAAACUAACCCCCGAAGAAGUCACUGAGAUGUCUGCAUUCAACAGCAAUUAUAGGCUCCGAGUUCCAGCCAAGUGGUACCCACAUCUGCAUUUUCCAUUUGAGAAAAAGAACUUGACUCAAGAACAAAUAUAUUACAUUAUUGAACACAGUUUAGAAGAUUAAAUGGCAAUUUCUGUAUAAAUGAC